AUGGGUUUAGAUGAUCGCCUUUUGAAGGCGGUCGCAGACCUUGGUUGGAUGCAGCCCACAUUAAUCCAGGAGAAGGCUAUUCCUUUGGCACUGGAAGGAAAAGACCUUUUGGCACGUGCUCGAACUGGAUCUGGAAAAACUGCUGCAUAUGCCAUACCUGUCAUACAACGCCUUUUAGACUCCAAACAGAGUGUUCGGGAGCAGGACAUAAGAGCCCUGAUCCUUGUGCCGACAAAGGAGCUGGGUCAGCAGGUUCAGACCAUGAUCCGACAGUUGACUGCUUACUGCUCUAGAGAUGUUCGAGUGGCGGAUAUCUCUGGCUCCACUGACCUGUCCACACAGAGGCCUAUACUGAUGGAGAAACCUGAUGUUGUGAUGAUGGUUGUGGAUGAAGCGGACCUGCUCUUUUCGUUUGGAUUUGAAUCUGAUCUGAAAAAUUUACUUUGCCAUUUGCCAAAGAUCUACCAGUCGUUUCUGAUGUCUGCCACAUUUACUGAGGAUGUGCAGGCCUUAAAGGAGCUGCUGUUGCAUAACCCGGUCAUCCUGAAGCUGCAAGGCUCUCAACUCCCAGAUAGCAGCCAGCUGCAGCAGUACAGUAUCAAAUGUGAGGAAGAGGACAAAUUCCUGCUCAUCUACACUCUCCUGAAGCUUCGAUUAGUUCAAGGCAAGACCCUUCUGUUCGUGGGAGAAGUGGACCGAUGCUACAGAGUCAAACUGUUUCUCGAACAGUUUGGAAUUCCUGCGUGUGUGUUGAACUCUGAGUUACCUGUGCAGUCCAGGUGCCACAUUAUCACACAGUUUAAUCAGGGCUUUUAUGAUUACAUCAUUGCCACUGAUGAAGAGAGUUUGGCAGAGCCCAGUAAGGCAUCUCAAGUGACAAAAACCAAAGGAAAGAAGUCCUCUGAGAAAGGGUCAAAAAACAAAGACAAAGAAUAUGGAGUGUCCAGAGGAGUCGACUUCCAAAACAUUGCAAAUGUGAUCAACUUUGACUUUCCAGCCACAGCAGACUCCUACAUUCAUCGAGUAGGAAGAACGGCUCGAGCAGACAAUCCCGGAACUGCUCUCUCGUUUAUUUCUCACAUGGAGAUGCCGAGGCUAAAAGAAGUUGAAGAGGUUUUAAAAGGAGGCAAUGGAGAUUGUGUUUUGAAACCAUAUGAAUUUAAGAUGGAAGAAAUUGAAAACUUUCGCUACAGAUGUCGGGAUGCCAUGCGCUCGGUGACAAAGCAAGCUGUGAAGGAGGCCAGACUUAAAGAGAUUAAACAAGAACUGCUUAACUCUGAAAAAUUAAAGACUUACUUUGAAGACAACCCGAGAGACCUGCAGCUGCUUCGACACGACAAGGACCUCCAUCCUGCUGUCGUCCAACCACACAUGAAAAAUGUACCGGAUUAUCUCAUUCCUGAAACUUUGAAAGCUGUAGUCAAUCCAUUGUCAGGAAGGAAAAGGAAGAGAAUGAAACCCAGGACAGAUGGUCUUCUCAAAGCAAGUUUUAAAAAAAGCAUUCGAGGGAAAAACCCACUGAAGACUUUUCGCUUUUCUGGAGGACAGAAAAAGAGCAAAAAGUCCAAGUGA